AUGAGCGGUGCGGCGGGAAGCAGCCGCGGCGGCGGAGGAGGGGGAGGGAGCGGUGGCGGCGGCGGCGGAGGAGGGGGAUUGGGCGGGCCGUGUGGGGCGUGCAAGUUCCUGAGGAGGAAGUGCGUCCAGGGAUGCAUCUUCGCGCCUUACUUCGAGUCGGAGCAAGGUGCGGCGCAUUUCGCGGCGGUGCACAAGGUGUUCGGGGCCAGCAACGUGUCGAAGCUGCUGCUCCACAUCCCGCUCCACAAGCGCCACGAGGCCGUCAUUACCAUCUGCUACGAGGCCCAGGCCCGCCUCAGGGACCCCGUCUACGGCUGCGUCGCCCACAUCUUCGCCCUCCAGCAACAGGUAGUGAACCUGCAAGCGGAGCUGUCCUACUUGCAAGCCCAUAUGGGAACGGUAGAGGUCCCGCCACCACCGCCCGCCGCGCUCCUCGCACCGCCGGCUCUAACGAUCGCCGAUAUCCCGGCCGCUUCAAUCCCCGCCAGAUACGACCUCUCCUCGCUAUUUGAUCCUCUGGUGCAAUCCUCGUGGGCGGCCAUGCAGCAGCAGCAGCAGCAACGUGCCGCGCAGCAAUUGGAGCCACGCCAUCACCAGUUCGGAGGAAGCGGCGGCGGCGACGGAGGAGCCAUGGCCUCGUCGUCGUACGGCACUGGCGGCGGCGGCGAUCUCCAGUCAUUGGCGCGUGAGCUGCUUAGUAGGAACGGCUCUCCGCCUCGUGGGGGUCCCAUAAUGCAUUGUAACGACGCCUUGUCAUCAUCGCCCUCCAUCUCAAAGUGA